UAAAAAAAAGGAAAUUAAUGAUAAUCAUCAUCAUACUUUUUAGGCCUUCUAUACAUAACAAAUGCUAUCUUCCAGAACACUGGUUCAUUUACAGACGUGUUGAUCAAUGUGCAUUGUCCCUGAGUAAAUAAAUAAAUAAAUAAAUAAAUAAAUCAUCAGCCCAACCAACUGACUGUUUACUGAAUGACACCUGACAACACAAUGAAACCUUUAUAGGCCACAUUUUACAAGCUCUGCAGUAUUUACUGUGUGUUUGUCCACAUUGCAUUCAUUCAGCUCUCAGUAAAGCUGAUCUUGUAUUUUUUUUUUCUUCCAAGUGCUAAAUAAAGUAAAUAAAGGCUGCAGUCUUAUGGACUCUGCUCUGCCUCCCCUCGUUGUCCCCGUCGUCCUGAUAUGAGGAAACAGCGGCCCCCGCGGGCAGACAGCGGGACUGCUUUUUUUUUUUAUUUGAGCGUGCUCCUAUCUGAAGUAAUUACACAGGAUAAAAAUAUUUAUGGCAGCCAUGCAUGCACAUAAUAUAGUCUGAUUUAUGCAUCUAUCACUGCGUAAAAAUGUAAAAAUAGACAUUUUUGUACCCAAUAAUCCCUUCAUGUGCGUAUUUUUCUGUGAUAUAGAGUCUGUUUAGCCUCCAGUGGAAUAAUCUUAAUAAUUUUGUGCACCUCUAUGAGAUUUUUUUUUUUUUUUUUUUUCACUCUCAAAUUUGGAUCUUGUUCAAUUUAGAGAGGAUUCCUGUACAAUAGCUGCCAGCUCCUGCUUCUGAUGGUACCCGAGAGAGAGAGAGAGAGAGAGAGAGAGAGAGAGAGAGAGAGAGAGAGAGAGAGAGAGAGAGAGGUUAGGAGCUCCAGAUGGUGUUUAAACGCAGACAGAAGGCUACAUCGAGGACACAGAGAGAGAGAGAGAGAGAAAGAGAGAGAGAGAGGAGGAGGAGGAGAGAGCCGCGGUUACUGCGUUACAGUGGGCCCGUUUUGCUCCACUCAUCAGUGUGAAGACAAAACACACAAGUCUGAGAAAGAGAAAAAAAUCAAUAGACGAAGAGAAGAGAGAGAGCUUCAAAUAUGCUCGGCUGCGAUUUUCUUCGGGAGAAGUGAGUCUUUUCUAACACCAUCUGAAGGCAGGUCGGCGGAGGAUCCGCGCGUCGGAGGAGGAGAAGGACCGUACAGAGAAACGUGGUAGUAGAGCAGCGGAGUGUCCACAGGCUGUAAAGAAAGAAAGAAAACACACAUUUUUUAUUUUUUAUUAAAAAAAAAAGGGGAGUCGACUCUGUCUCAGCGGAUGUAUAAAGGGACUUGUUCCUGACAGCUCGGACUGUGGCUCAACUGUGAACUAAAGCAGAGGGUUUGAAAGUUGUCACAGGAGGAAUAAUAGACGCACCCUGCAGACAAGAGGAUCCGCAUCUUGAUCAUUUCGCCUUGUUUUCUUUUUACACACGAGAGGAUUUGUGGACAGUGGUAGACAAACAGAAAUAGUUUGGUUUGUUUUGAACAGGACUGCGCGCACAGAGGACGUCUCCGCGACUGAAGCUGUCUUAUUUCUUCUUUUAUUUCUUGUAUCUGUGGUGGUUAAAAUGAAAAAGAGAGCGGAUUUACAUCACCGGGACAAGUUGUGAUUUUUUUUUUUUAAACAUCAUCUUUAACAAGAAGAAGCUGUUUCCUUUUUUUUUUUUUUUUUAAUAUAAAAACACAAAAACAAAAACAGACUGCAAAACCAAAGACAUCAGUGUGCUGAGGACCCAAGAGCCCUGGCUUUGAUUUCAUUUCUUCCCUUUUUUUUUUGUCGAUAUAACCGAGAAGAGAAAUACCUCAUAAUUUAUAAAACCUGGAAAGUCAAGACCCCUUUUUGAACUCCCCAAAGGAAAGUUAAACAUUUUCUUUUGUGUCAGACUCUGGCUUCUGCCUCUCCUUCCUCUCUUCAUUUAUAAAACUAAUUUAAAAAAACAAGACAAAAAAACAAAACAAGAAAAAAAAGAGGAGAUAACACCUGAAUAGUUUCCCCCACUAUUUAGCAAAAAGGCUUUACCCUCUUUUUUUAUCCAAAUAAUGAGGAUUGAGACGAUAUAAAAGCUGUUUUAGAAACUAUCCGGUGUGGAUUAUCACCGCUACGAUUACCUCAGCUUGACCUCGACCUUCACAAAGUAGCAGAGUGCAGAAGGUUGGAACAAUGCCAGAUUCACCUGCGGAUGUGAAAACCCAGCCCAGGUCCACCCCACCCACCAUGCCUCCUCCACCCCCGGCUGUCAGCCAAGCAACCAAUCGCAAUGCUUCAUUCACCCCUACUACAAGUAAAUCAAUGCUGAAUGGGAGCAGCCACUCUCCUACAUCGCUGAAUGGUGCUCCCUCCACUCCUAACGGCUUUAGUAAUGGGCCAGCCAUGUCCUCGACGGCCUCGCUUUCCAACCAGCAGCUCCCGCCAGCUUGCGGUGCCCGGCAACUCUGCAAACUGAAGCGCUUCCUGACCACGCUGCAGCAGUUUGGCAACGACAUAUCGCCUGAGAUUGGAGAGAGAGUGCGCAGCCUAGUGCUGGGGCUGGUGAACUCCACACUCACCAUCGAAGAGUUUCACUCCAAACUUCACGAGGCCACCAACUUCCCUCUGCGGCCGUUCGUCAUUCCCUUCCUGAAGGCAAACCUGCCCCUGCUUCAGAGAGAGUUGCUCCACUGUGCCAGGUUGGCCAAGCAGACUCCGGCUCAGUAUCUAGCCCAACACGAGCAGCUCCUCCUGGAUGCCAACGCCAGCUCGCCCCUCGACUCAUCUGAGAUCAUGCUGGAGAUGAAUGAGCACGGCAAGAGAAGGACCCCUGACAGGACCAAAGACACUUCAGACAGAGAUGGGUUGCACCCAGAGCACCUGGCUAAGAGGCCCUGCACCAUCAGCCCCAGCCAGCGCUUCAGCCCCAGCACGGGGCUUCCUGCUCACCCGCCACCCAACGGCCUCCCCACACACCCUCCCAACGGCCUUUCCCACCCACCAAACCCCCAAAUGGGACCCCAGCACUAUCGCUUAGAAGACAUGGCCCUGGCACACCAAUACAGAGACGCUUACAGACACAAUGAACACCGCGAGGCCCGUGACAGGCACCGGCAGACAGCGGUGCAUGGAACCCGUCAGGAGGAGGUGAUUGACCACCGUCUCACAGAUCGAGAGUGGGCAGAAGAAUGGAAGCACCUUGAUAAUCUCUUGAACUGCAUCAUGGACAUGGUGGAGAAGACGCGUCGCUCUCUGACGGUGCUCCGCCGCUGCCAGGAGGCCGACCGGGAGGAGAUGAAUCACUGGAUUCGGCGCUAUAGUGACGUGGAAGAGAUGAAAAAAGGUGGGAGCAACGGACAGCACUGCCUUCCUCCUCCUCCUCCUCUUCCUCCUCCUCCUCACCACAACUCCUCCUCCAACACAGCUAGCAGCAGCGAGUCACUGCCCAUAGGAACUUCCUCGGCUGCUGAAAGGCAGACAGGCAGACAGACAGAGAUCCACAGAGACUUCUUACACAGGCCUCCCUCAGGAUUCCUGCCAGAAGAAAUCUGGAGGAAAGCUGGUACUACAAGCAUCCCGCUCUCCCCAGCACUAAAGCACCUCCAAAACAGGCAGGAGGAGGCAGUGAACGAAGUUAAGCGGCAGGCGAUGUCGGAGCUGCAGAAGGCGGUGUCGGACGCUGAGAGGAAGGCUCAUGAGAUGAUUUCAGCCGAGCGCUCUAAGAUGGAGAGAGCGCUCGCAGAGGCCAAGAGGCAAGCCUCUGAAGAUGCGCUAACAGUCAUCAACCAGCAGGAGGACUCCAGUGAAUCUCACCAGAGCUGCUGGAACUGCGGGAGGAAAGCCAGUGAGACGUGCAGCGGCUGCAACACGGCUCGCUACUGCGGCUCCUUCUGCCAACACAAAGACUGGGAGAAGCACCACCACGUCUGUGGUCAGGGCCUGCAGGGGCUGCCAGGGGGCAGCAGCGUCCCUCUAGGCACCCCCUCCUCCUCCUCCACCUCCUCAGCGUCCUCCAGCGCCCCCCCGACCCACUCGGAGAGCACUCCUCCAGGACCCCUGUCGUUGGCGGGCCAGAGCAGUAUUCCGGGAGGGGCUGGCAGCGGCAGUGGAAGUGUCUCUGCGAGCCCGAAGGAGAGCAGUUCCAGCAGUGCCUCUCGCUCCACAACUCCAGCCACCCCUGCCCUUCUGGAUGCCACCUCUCGCUGACGUCUGACCCCUUGUCCUUUCCCUGCAUACUGAUGCGACAGUGCCCACACUCCACACAAAACCAAACUGAGGAAUCUUCAUCGCACACUGCUCUCUUUCCUCCUCCCCGACUUCAAUCCUGAUUUUCCUUCAUAUCCUAAGCUCUUCUGAAAAUCUUCUCACUACCUGAAGAUAGACUUGUUUUCUCAACUUGUCACCACUACCCCCCACCCCCUCCAAAAAAACUUACUUUUUUUCUGUCUUUGUCUCUUUCACACAACCACAGCCACAAAUACAAAGAUUCCAGCCUGGGGUUCAGUGUAGUGGAAAGCAUGAAAAGUGUCUCCUCUCUCUGUGCUCAGUCACAGAAACAUAUCAGAUGUGUUUGCUGAAAACAUGAGCUUUGACUUGAAGAUGUGACUGAGAUGUGCCCUCAGUAAUGUAAGCACGUUGAAAACUGUCCACAUAAGGACACCAGACAAGGGCUGUGGUAAGGCAACAUUGACGGUGGGUGGGUGAUUAGCACUUGGAUUGGAUUUCCCUUUAAUUUAGCACCAAUGAGAGAACAGUACCCAGCCCUGACAUGUGCACUACCAGUCCAAACAGUUCACUGAUGUGGCACUUAUUCUACAGUGUCCUAAUAGAGACAGGAAAGGAAUAGAACAUCUUUUUCAAACAGAUGAGGGAAGGGGAUGUGAUUAAUUCCUUAGAAACACAGCUUAGUACUUAUUAAAUGUUUCUUUCUGGCUUUAAGGGAAAAUAAAGAAAAGUCCAAAUAUUCUAAAUAAAGAAUAAUAGUGAUGAUGAUGCUGAUGAUAACGUUAAUGAUAUGAAAAUGAAAUUUUAAACUGCUAACUACCUUGCUAGCGAGCCAAGAAAAUCUACACCGGACUCACCUCUCUGCACCAUUGUGAACCCAAAUGAAUUCAAAGAUGAAAAAUAACAUGAUCCAAACCUUUGUAUUACACUGCCAAAGUGAGUAAGUAAGCGAUAAGGAGAAGCACUCAUCUUAUAACCAAACGCAAAGCAACAUCACCUCCUCAGCAGAUAAGCCAGCCCUGAGAGGACCAGGCUGCAGAGAAGCUGCAGAACGGGACCCAGAGACAUUUAAAAAGAAGAAGAAGAAGAAGAAGAACUGUGACCUGCUUUGAUCUGCAUCUGCCUCCUGCAGUCUGGACAAAAACUACAGCGAUUCCUCAGUGAUGGCCCAGACUAGUGAAUAUGGACAAUGCUGUGAACUUGCCUACGAGAAAGACUUAAAUGAAACGGAUGGAAACCCUGCCACAGUGUGAUUUUUUCCCCCUUUUUUUGUGAAUGGUAACAGAGAGGACAGAGAGGGAAAAAAAGAGGAAAAGGAAAAGCUACACAGCCUCAAAGGAGAUGAAGACACAUGCAUGGCAACGGAGCUGCCAAAAAAAAAAAAAAAAACCUCAAAAGAAGCUUGAAAACAUUGACCGAGAAGGCAUUGCAUACCACAGAGACGUAUGGGAAGGUUGUUUGUAAGUCCUUUUUUAAAGCUCCGCAGCACGGAGAUAUUUCAAGGAGUUGCUGUUACCUUUACAUUCACUCCCUCCUUUUCCAAAGCAUGACACACAGAUGAAAGAGCCUCGUGAAGGGCGGUGUAGACUUGGUUCUCCUCUCUCUUUCUACCUCCCCUCACCCCGCACCUCCCUUCUUCGCUCUACCCCCGACUACUUGACUCAAGUCUGCCCCUAAACCCCAGCCUGCUUUGGACAGAGCCUUGGAGCAGUCGUGUGGGAAGGGUUCGAAAACCUGCUUGUAGAUAUUGUUCCUCUUUUCAAAUUUCAAAUAAUGUCUCUUGUCGCUGAUGUCCAUAUGUGCUGCCCUUGUGUAUAUCCAGAAAGGUGGACUUUGUUUUGAUUUUCUUUUGUUACCUUUCAUUUUUCCUCCUUUAUGUUUGGGCUGAGCAGUGAAGUCAGAGCAAGAACACUCGUUUAUGAGAGGAAGCCCCACAUUUUACUUAUUGUUUGAUUUGUUGUAUCUAUAUUAAUGAGAUGAAACCCCUCUUGUAGAAUAUUUUGUAUUGCUCGCAUUGUAAGACAGUGAGAGGACAGAGGUGCAAUAUGAAGAGAAUUCAGCUACUGAAUGGAACCUCAGCAACUGCCCAUAGGGUGUCAUAUAAUAUAGAUACAUAUAAAUAUAUUUAAAGUAACAUCAGUAACUUAAUGUGAAUGUACAUAGUAUUUAAAGAGGUCCAAAAAUGUGUUUGCCAAAUAACAGAAACCUUUAAAGAUAAAUGUCCAGAAUAUGAUUUUCUCACAGUUCAUUUGUUUCUCAAAAUUAUCAAUUUUUCUUUUUUUUUUUCUGUCAUACAAGUUUAACACUUUUUCACUCAAAUCAAAGUGUCAUGUGACCCUGAGUGGAGGAGAGGUGAAGUGGCUCCAUACAGGACCACAGUGCAUGUAGCUGAAAACGGAUGGAAACAGAUUAUGGGUGGAUGGACACUACAAGAUUUCCAGAACAUUUUCUCCAAUCAUUUUGUUUCUGUUUCACUUUUUUCUUCUGUCAUGUCAUUCACCCCGGGUCAGUUUACAUCCUGCAGGAGGGGACUCAACAGUGUGUAUUGACAAAAAGAGAUAGUCCAAAUACAGUCAAAAGCUUGAAAACAAGAAAGAAAAACAAACAGUGGUGGCUCAGUUUUGCUUCCUUCACACCAAAUUUAGGAAUGGUCAAACUUGAUACUAUUCUUCUGGCUCUAAUGCCACUGUAGUGACCCUCGCUUUCUCAUCAAUGUGUGUGUGUAUGUGUGUGUUAGGAGUGUUUGUUUCCCCCAAAGGUGCAAGACAAGCCAUUACUGUAGGAUUAAGUGAUAUGCCAGUGUUAAGCUACAGUAAACCUCAACCCUAAUUUUGGUACCCAAUCUCUGAAAUGAUUCUUCUUUUUCUUUUUACUGAUUGUUUAUUUGUAAAGAUGCAACUUGCAUAAGCUGAGGAUCUGGGAUGGGGUUUUAUUUAUUUCUUCAGCCCUUCCCACAUGCUCCAACAAACAGAUUUAUGUAAAACAGUCUCACACCUUAUACGGGCCUGUAGUAACUAUGCUCACACACAUUUGAUAUCAGUCAUUGUGAAGCCUACAUGGUUGGCCUCAUACAAACUUGGACCAAAUUUGGAGAGAAAAAAAAAAAACUACUUUCUUUUUGCAGCGAGUUGCAGAAAAACUUUUUCUUUCUCCGCUUUUUGUUCAACACAUUGAUGAAGUGAAUCUUUUUUUGGACUAUCUGAGACAUAUAAUUCAAAUGGGAUAAGCUACAAGGUACCCAUGCAUCUGUGUGUAGCAUUUUUAUAUGCGUGCUAUAAUUACCGUGAUAUGGUGUUGACCUCAGCCUGUUUGUGUCCCCUCCACCCUCCUGAUGUCUAAUUCCUCCACUAUUACCACAGACCACUCUUCAUAACCCCCCCACCCCACCCCCUACUUCACACUAGCUACCUCCUGUGACCAUACAGCUAACCACCAGGAGAGGUUGACCUGGACUUUGAAAAGCUGGGCUGAGAGCAGACAUGGAGACGCACGUUCAAAAGCCAGAAUCUAUCUAGCGUUGAAAGGAAAUGUCAUUACUUGUGAUGCAGAAGAACAUUUAUUCUCACCAGACCUCACCUUUAUGAUCACAUCCCACUAACCAAACCGAUACAGCUGGAAUUAAGUAAGAGGCACACAUACAGUCAAAUGCAUAUAACCUGAACCCAACACGGAAUCAACCAUGACAUGCCAUUUGUUGUCCUAAACCAAUAAAAGCACAGACCAAAGUACUCCUGCAUUGCCAUAGUAGGCUUUGACACAGUGUGUAUUGACAGACCAUAAAUAAUAAGGUUGGAGCUCCACUACACCAGUUAACCAAAGUGUCUGAAAUACACACAAUCAGGGCACGCGAAUGAAGAGCACGCUCAAUGAACCGGCUGAGUUUCAAAUGUGUAGAGUUCUUAUUCAAGCAAUCAAAGCGCUUGUUGUCUACACAUUGAAUAGUGCUUCUGUAAAAAUAAUGGAAGCAUCCCCUUUGGAAAAGCCUACUGAUUGCGUGUUCUUACAGUUACAAAGCCUUGCAGAGAUAAAAUGAAUACAUGGUGGGUGUGUGUUUGCGAAGUGAAUGGUGUGUGUGUUUUUGUAAAAAAAAAGAAAAAAAGAAAAAAAUGUUUAAAAAAAAAAUCAUCUUUUUUUCACGUCUCUGUACAAACUACUUGAAACCUUCAGAGCUUUAAUGAAACAUCCCAGACAGACUAUAGUGGCAGAUUGAUUCACAAUAUGUAGCAACAGCUUUGUGCAGUAAAACACGUACUGCAUCAAACAAGAUCGUAAUGACAGUUCCAUUCAACUUUUAAGUGCUUUGCGUGUGCCUCCUUGUCUGCAAGUAAGCCCUCAGAUAAACUAAACAAAGCCAAACCCAAUAGACCUGUUACAAAUGACCAAAAUGCAACCAAAAGAUACAACUUUCUUCUUCAGACUUCACUUUGGUUUUAAGGUUUUUGUGUUACGUCUCAGCAGUGGAGAACUUCAAGGUGGUCGAUUGUGUGGGACGCGAGGCCGCAGUCCGACAUAAAUCGAGGGGCUGUAGAGAAAAAGAGUAAACUGUCCACUUCACUGAGACUCUCCCUCCUGAUGUCACCGGUCAGGAUACAAAAGAUCAGAUUAAUGUUCUGUUCAGCCGGGCAUAUGCUUGGCUAAGUCGUGAAACAAAUGAGAUCUGCGCCGAGGUGUCAUACACAUUUCUCCGUGCAGAUGUUAUAGAUGGCAAACGCAUAAGGGCUCUGCUGUUGUGAAUACCAUCCAGGGGUCUCUGAACACUUUACAUCAGCCACUUUUCUAUUUGUUUAACUAUGUACAUGAUAUGGGCAAAACGCAUGUUUAGAAAAGACAAAUAUUAGCAGGUUGGCAUUUGUCUCUCCUUACCCCAAACAGUAACUUUACCAAUGAAGUUUCAAGGCUCAUCUGAUGUGAUGGUGACACGUCCUUCCUGUGAAACAGGCACUGAUGAAUAGCUACAGUAGAAAGCUAAAGUGGCAAACAGUGGGUACAGCACUUGUUUUCCCAAAAGCCAUGGCUCAGGAGGGUCCUGUUUUUACCUUUACAUAAAUUGACAAAGGGUUUAUGGUUUUAUAUGUGUAGGGAAGCAUUCUAUACUGUAUUGUGCAAUACAUUAUUACAGAAAAAACAUGUUUCUGUAGGAAAGGUUGGCGCUUUGAAGCUCUUUCUCCUUUUGUUUUGUUUCCCUCUUCAAAAAGGUCCUGUUGCCGUUUUUAGAUGAAGUUAACUGUGCCAGAAGAAUUAAAUUCUGAUUUGUAUUUAUUUCUUGCAUGCUUUCCUCCCUGUUGCUAAUACCGCUCUUUAACUGUUCGCUCUGUUGGAUGUGUGAAGCUGUAAAACAUUCUAAUUCAGGUUAUUGUCUGUGUUGAACAAUGUAACUGUGUAAUUAAAACAUGAAAUGAAAUAUUCA